CGUCGUCGUCGUCAUCGUCAGUCCGGUAGUCGUCGCGAUCGCAUAGAACACAUUAUUACUAUUAUUAUCAUCAUCAUCGUCGUCGUAUUCCGCUAUUUGAUUGACGGCGAUGGCCAGUGGUUACCUCGGUCAUCACGGUAUAACACCGGUCUUAGUCGUGGUCGCAUCGCGUUUUCGUCUUUGCUGUCGUCAUACCGUCAUCGCCAUCGUAUAGCAUAAUAUUGUAUCGUCGUGAUCGUGUAUCGCACGGGCACGUGACGUCAUCUCGAUCGCAAUCAUUGCCACCGGUAGUUGUGCAAACGACGCGAGUGCCGGACGAUUGACGGCGGCGAGAUGUAAUAAAUGUUGUAGUGUCAAGCGGCGGAAAAAGCGGAAAAAAAAUUAAAAAGACCCACGACCGGCUAUAUAGUGGCGGCGGAGCGGCCGCCGCCGAACGCAGUGCCGCAUGGCCGCGGUGGCCGGACUUUACGGGUUCGGCGACGAUUCCAGGACUGUGGCCGCCCGGUUCGUGGAGAGACAGCGGUUGGCCAACAGGGAUUCGCCCACAGACACGUCACUGCCGAAACUCAGUACCCAAGACGAAGACGGCUGUGGUCCAGGGGCAAGUCUUGGAACAGGCCUCACACACGGUCAUCCUCAACACUGUUCGGGGAGCGCGACAUUCGAACCAAUUCCGCACGAUCACGACUUCUGCGAAAGAGUAACAAUCAACGUGAGCGGUAUGAGGUUCGAGACGCAACUGCGGACAUUGAACCAGUUCCCGGACACGCUGCUGGGCGACCCGUGUCGGCGGAUGCGGUACUUCGACCCGUUGCGCAACGAGUACUUCUUCGACAGGAACCGACCAACGUUCGACGCCAUUCUCUACUAUUACCAGAGCGGUGGCCGACUGAGGAGGCCGACUACGGUGCCGUUGGACGUGUUCUCCGAAGAGAUCAAGUUCUACGAACUCGGCGAACUGGCUACCAAUAAAUUUAGGGAAGAAGAGGGUUUUAUAAAAGAAGAAGAGAAACCACUGCCAAAACCCGAGUUCCAACGGAAAGUGUGGCUACUGUUCGAGUACCCGGAGAGCUCCCAAGCCGCUCGGGUGGUGGCCAUCAUAUCCGUGUUCGUCAUAUUGCUGUCCAUAGUGAUAUUCUGUCUGGAAACUUUGCCAGAGUUUAAACACUACAAAGUGUUCAACACGACGACCAACGGUACGAAGAUUGAGGAGGACGAGGUGCCUGACAUCACCGAUCCGUUCUUUUUGAUUGAGACCAUAUGUAUCGUGUGGUUCACGUUCGAGCUGUCCGUCCGCUUUCUCGCCUGCCCUAAUAAAUUGCACUUCUUCAAAGACGUGAUGAAUACGAUUGACAUAAUCGCUAUAAUACCGUACUUCAUCACGUUGGCCACAGUGAUUGCUGAGGAGGAGGACCCCACGAUGAACCUGCCCAAAGCGCCGCAGAAUCCGCAAGACAAGAGCACCAACCAGGCCAUGUCGUUGGCCAUACUCAGGGUCAUCCGGCUCGUGAGGGUUUUCAGGAUAUUCAAACUGUCCCGACAUUCCAAGGGAUUGCAAAUUCUUGGGCGCACCCUAAAAGCCUCUAUGCGAGAACUGGGACUGCUCAUAUUUUUCUUGUUUAUCGGUGUGGUGCUAUUCUCGAGCGCGGUGUACUUCGCCGAAGCCGGCUCAGAGAAUUCCUUCUUCAAGUCCAUCCCGGACGCAUUCUGGUGGGCUGUUGUUACCAUGACGACUGUGGGCUAUGGUGACAUGACACCAGUGGGCGUGUGGGGGAAAAUUGUCGGUUCACUGUGCGCGAUUGCCGGCGUGCUCACAAUCGCACUGCCCGUGCCCGUCAUCGUGUCCAACUUCAACUAUUUCUAUCACAGAGAGACUGACCAAGAAGACAUGCAAUCGCAGAACUUCAACCACGUCACCAGCUGCCCUUAUCUUCCCGGUACUUUAGGUCAACACAUGGUGAAAUAUCCGUCGGGUGGUGACUCGACGUCGGACCUGAUGGAUUUGGAGUCAGCGGAUAAUUGUCUGCUGGACGCGGAGCUGGACGAACCGCCUCUGUCGUUGCCGCCGCCGCAGCAACCAAAAAAGUUCAACAGCUGUGCCACCGUGGUCAGGCUCAACAACAACAGCAUCAAGAGGUUCAGUGUCGAAACUGACGUCUGACUAGCAGUAUUCAAAUUGCAAUCCGGUGGCCGUCCAGGUCUCCAAACGCCUAUAAGGUGCUGUGCUGUGAUAGCUAAGAUGUUUCCUUCGUUAAGUUACCUCCGACAAGUUUAUUUAUAAUAUUUUUUUAAGCGAAUAUUAAUAACGAUAAUAAAAAUUGUACUCAGAAUCUCACUCUUUUGAGGGGAUAAUUUUCUAAUAAUAUAUUGAGCCAAUAUAAUUAUAUAUAAUGCAUAAUACCACAAUUAUUAUUAUCCAGAGCCGUGAGGAAUAAAAUUAGUAAACGGAUCGUCUCAAAUUGUUUUAUUUAAA